AUGGUUCGCCCGGCCGCCGCCCCGCGCCUACUCGUCGACGAUGCCGCCCGCGGCGGCGUGCUGCUGGCGGCGGUAGCCAUGCCGGCCCAGCUGGUGGAGAUGGCGCUGUUCGGUAUGGUGUGGCUGCUGCGCGUGCGCGCCGAGAUGCGGCGCUGCGCCAAGUGUCGGCGGGACGAGAUGCGGCAGCAGCAGCAGCAGCAGCUGCAGCUGCAGCUGCAGCAGCAGGAGGCGGCCGGGGGCAGGCCGCCCGCGCGCGACCUCAGCCGCGACGACCUGGCCUCCACGUCGACGGUGGCCACCGUGUACACAGUGGACACCCCUGGACCCGCCCCCGUCGGAACCUUCUGCGAGGUGCACGGCUACGUGCCGCCCAAACGAGACAUCCAAGAGUUCUACGAGCUGACCCUGCUCGACGACACCAAGUCCGUCCAGCAGAAGACCGCCGAGACGAUCCGAAUAGCGAACAAAUGGGAGGCGAGCGACGGGCCCAUCACCCCCACCUUCGGCAACAACGACGGCGGCCGGGUGUCCGGCUCCUUCCUGCCGCUCACACACGCGCUCAUGAACCUGCAGGACCGCCGGUCGCUCAGCCCGGAGGAGUUCCAGCUGUCCUUCUCGCAAAAGACGCGCUACAUCGCGGAGGACGAGCUGCCGCCGCCGCCGUCGCCGCCGCAGGUGAAGGAGGUGGCGUCCCUGGACGGCGUCCCGAGGCCCGCCGCCCCCGCCCCCGGCGACCGCAUCCUCGCCGAGGCCUCGCGCGACGGCCUCCACCAGAGCAAUGACAGUUGGCAGGGCCACGACAGUGAUCAGGCUCAUACCCCGCUCCUGUCCGGAGACAGCAAACACGUGAACGGCGAUGGCGAGUGGGAGUACGAGGAGAUCGUGCUGGAGCGCGGGGGAGCCGGCCUGGGCUUCAGCAUCGCCGGCGGCACCGACAACCCGCACAUCGGCGACGACACCGCCAUCUACAUCACCAAGCUGAUCCCGGGCGGGGCGGCGGCCGCCGACGGCCGGCUGCGCGUCAACGACGUCAUCCUGCAGGUGAACGACGUCUCCGUGGUGGACGUUCCCCACGCGGCCGCCGUCGACGCGCUCAAGAAGGCCGGCAACGAAGUGCGGCUGUACGUGCGGAGGCGGCGCGGCGCCGGCAGCGUGCGGCUCGUGGAGAUCGAGCUGCUGAAGGGCACCAAGGGCCUGGGCUUCAGCAUCGCCGGCGGCAUCGGCAACCAGCACAUCCCGGGCGACAACGGCAUUUACGUCACCAAGAUCAUGGACGGCGGCGCGGCGCAGAUCGACGGCCGGCUGCUGGUGGGCGACAAGCUGGUCGCCGUCAGGAACACGCCCCAUGGGGACAAGAAUCUGGAGAACGUGACUCACGAAGAAGCCGUGGCGACCUUGAAGGCCACCCAGGAAAGGGUGGUGCUUCUGGUGGCCAAGUCGGAAACUGCCUACCUCCCUCCACCUCCAGACGUCUCCAGAACACCGCCUAUACGGCCACCGGAAACACCAGUACCUUAUUCAGAAUCUCUCAGCACUUCCAUGACACUUCAGUCGUCGACACCACGGGCUGUCAGCGAAGAAGACGUUUCUCGACACGACGGGCCACACAAACUGAACAAGUUAAGUCGAAGUGUUGGCAAUGACAUUCAUGGGAAAACUAAGGAUCUCCCAGUCAGUUCUACCCCUGUAGGGGAGGUGCGGACCGUGGUGCUGGGCAAGGGCAACACGGGGCUGGGCUUCAACAUCGUGGGCGGCGAGGAUGGCGAGGGCAUCUUCGUGUCGUUCAUCCUGGCGGGCGGGCCGGCCGACCUGAGCGGCGAGCUGCGUCGCGGCGACCAGAUCCUCAGCGUCAACAGCGUCGACCUGCGCGAUGCCACCCACGAGGAGGCCGCCCAGGCGCUCAAGGGUGCGGGCCAGACAGUGACCAUUGUGUGCCAGUACCGACCAGAGGAAUACAACAGGUUCGAAGCGAAGAUACACGACCUCAAGCAACACAUGUCCCAGCAGAUCAUGUCUGGGACGCUGAUGCGCACCUCUCAAAAGAGAUCUCUAUACGUGAGGGCGCUGUUCGACUACGACCCGAACAAGGAUGACGGCCUGCCCAGCCGGGGCCUGCCGUUCCGCUACGGUGACGUGCUGCACGUCACCAACGCCAGCGACGACGAGUGGUGGCAGGCGCGGCGCGUGCUGCCCUCGGGCGAGGAGGAGGGCAUGGGCAUCGUGCCGUCCAAGCGGCGCUGGGAGCGCAAGCAGCGCGCCCGCGACCGCACCGUCAAGUUCCAGGGCCACGUCUCGGGCGGCGUCAUGCUGGACAAGCAAUCAACGUUAGAUAGGAAAAAGAAGAAUUUCUCGUUCAGCCGAAAGUUUCCCUUCAUGAAAAGUAAAGAUGAUAAGUCGGAAGAUGGGUCAGAUCAAGAGCCUUCGCCCACCACUCCAAACAAUGAUGGCGACUCAACGUCUCUACCAUUUAUGCUGUGCUAUACACAAGAUGACACACAUACAGAAGGCAGCGAGGAAUCUGUACUGUCGUACGAAGCCGUCCAACAGCUGCAGAUUCAGUACACGAGGCCUGUGAUAAUACUCGGUCCCCUGAAGGACAGGGUCAAUGACGACCUGAUAUCGGAGUUUCCGGACAAGUUUGGCAGUUGUGUGCCACACACCACGCGGCCCAAGAGGGAGUACGAGGUGGACGGCCGCGACUACCACUUCGUGGCGUCGCGGGAGCAGAUGGAGAGGGACAUCCAGAACCACCUGUUCAUAGAGGCCGGCCAGUACAAUGACAACCUGUACGGCACGUCCGUGGCGUCUGUCAGGGAGGUGGCGGAGAAGGGCAAGCACUGUAUACUGGACGUCAGUGGCAAUGCUAUCAAGAGGUUACAAGUUGCUCAGCUGUAUCCAAUAGCAGUCUUCAUUAAACCUAAAUCCGUGGAAUCGAUUAUGGAGAUGAAUAAGAGAAUGACUGAAGAGCAGGCGAAGAAGACAUUUGAGCGAGCCAUUAAGAUGGAACAGGAAUUUGGGGAAUACUUCACAGCGGUGGUCCAGGGCGACACUCCCGAGGAGAUCUACCUGAAGGUGAAGGAGGUGAUCCAGGAGCAGGCGGGACCCACCAUCUGGGUCCCGUCCAAGGACCAGCUGUGACGGGGCGCCCCCGCCUCGCCUUGGACCCUCCCCGCGCCCCCCCGCUCCCGCUGAGGGUCCGGACCCUCGAUCCCCCACCCCCCGCCACUUGAGGAAUUGACUCGGAGGAGGAGCGAGGCAGUCUCGUCACCGGCGGGAAACAUGGCCUUCUGUUUGUUCCAUGAUGCCGUUGAAAACUCUGAAUAGAAAUGCAAGCUGGAUGCUGUGUAAAAUGUAAUUAUAUUCAAAUAAUUUCAAAAGGCAUGAACACUGUUAUCUCUUGCAGCUGUAAUAUAUAUAGAAAAAUUUAUGUUAUGAUGUAAAAUAAGAAAGAAAAAAAAACAGUCAAGAUGGAAUCCAUGUUUAAAUCCAGUGCAGUGAAUUUGUAAAAAAAAAAAAAGCGCAGUGGCAAGCUUGUACAGAAAUAAAAACAAUGUGCCAAAGUAGCUUUUGAGAUGUAAUGGUCAACUCUUCAAGUACCCAUGGUUGCUGUAUGCAUCGCUAUCUUCCAGGCCUAUAUUUAAUUAAAAUGCUUUUGAGAUUGUCAAUGUACCAAGUUAAGUUUUUUUUUUUUUUUGUGAAGUAUUUAAGUUAAUGUUUAGGGAGGGAGAAGAAAGUUAGUCUAGUGUUGAUACAUGGAAAACAUUAAAUUUAAUGUAGGAAUGAAUUUUCCUACAUUAAAUUUAAUGUAGGAAUGAAUUUUCCUAAAAGAGAAAUGCUUUGUUUGCUUUCUUUACAUCCAUAGUAUCUAUUUUCUGCUCACUUAUGUUUUAGGUGUUACAAUAUCCUAUUCAUAACUAAUAAUUUUGUAUUCCUGUAAUUGUGGCAAUAUUUAUUUCCACAGUGGGCGCACCAUAAAUUUAUACAAAUGUUGAGAAUCAUUAAUGAUUACUUAAUGCAUUACAUGGAAUGUAAAUGUAAAUUGCUGGAAAAAUGUUUUCAGCGUUCAAUCAGACAAACUUUUAUACUUAGAGGUGUUGUAACCAUUUUUUUUAAUGCCUGAGUAGUUGUGUUUGGUGAUACAGAGAAAUAAUCUCAUUUUUUUUUUAAAACUUAUUUGUUGUAAUGACUUUUGAUGUGUGUAGUGUUGUUUCACAAGUUGUACGGCCAAACUGAUGGAUGUAACAGUAGUAAUAUUUCACCCUUUAAUAGUCAUAACUAAACCUUUCCGUGGGUAUCAUUAAAUUUAAAAAAAAAAAAUUCUUAUUGGAUUGUAUGUUGUGGACCCUGUGCAAUCUCGCUUGAAUUUAUUUGUAAAAGGUCAAUUUUUAUUUUAAACAAAUUUUACACCAUGAUACAUAUUCUUUGAUGUGGACACAUUACUGCUGAUAAGUGUGGAAACUAUUAAUUUGUUAAUCUUAAAUUGGUAAAUAUGCAUGUUCAGUAAAUUUAAUUAUUUUGGUUAUGCAUUUGAUCUCAGGUCUACAGUUUGUUUCACAGAGUUUACUGUACUAGAUGUUAAAAACCUUUUCAUAAAUUUUUUUUGUGCAAGGCAACUUGAUUCAAGUUAAGAUUUUAUAAUUUUUAUGGGUGAUAAUUUCAAUGAAUAUCUUUAUCUUUCAGUAAAUUGUAAGACAAAUGGAAACUAGUAUUAUUGUGCCUUACAUAGGCUAUCUCAUUUGGCUGCAAAAUGGUAGUCAGGUUUUCGUUUACUGUGUGUGAAUUAUUUUUUUAAAAAUUCAAGUGGUAAUGAACACAGUUUAUUCUCUUUACACUUUAGACAUUGUGGAAAGAAGCAAACUUAAUGAUCACUUUUAUUUAACAAACUGGAUUUCAUUGUUUGUAGGUUACUUGACCAAGCAUUUUAACCAGAAUCAAAACUUUCCUCACACAAUGUUUCAGAUAUCAAAUUUACAUCCCCAAAAAAUUGAACAAUGCUUCAAUAGAAUGUAAUGGAUUGUAAAUUUUCUGAAAAUCCAAUCAUGUCAUAUGCUUCUGGGAUUUGACUUUAUUUCAGUGUUCAUGUUUGACAAGUAAUCUGAUCAUGUACUGCAGCUAUGUAACAUAUACUUCAAUACUGUAAUCACAUUGAAUAAUUCUUAAGUUGUAACUUAAUGAUGUUUCACAAUUGUAAAUAAAAUUAACACUCCUUUC